GGUACAUUCUGCUCACCUCACACUUUUUCUCUAUACCAGUAUUUCUUUCGUCAGCAUAGAUGGCAAUAACUCUGCACUAAAAUAUGGAAGAGAAUAAAAAGAAGAUUGACGACCAUGAAACUAAAGAGCAAUCUCGAGUCACCGCCAAACCACAACGACUAACCGAGAUUCUAAAGAUCAAAGACUAUGAGAACGAACAUCGCCAGCAGAAGGUUGUAGAGAUGAUGCUACACGCAUGGAACGGAUAUAAGAACUAUUCUUGGGGUGCAAAUGAGCUCCGACCUCUGUCCAAAACUUCCAACACCCAAAAUAUCUUUGGUGGACGAGAUAUGCCGGCAACCAUAAUCGACGCUGCUGAUACUCUCUUCAUAAUGGGUUUGAAAAAUGAGUACAAGGAGGCUCGUGACUACAUUGAAAAGAACUUCGAUAUGAGCAAAGCGACUGGUACCCUUUCCGUCUUUGAAACGAACAUUCGCUUCCUUGGUGGACUGUUGUCACUGUACGCGCUCACAGGAGAGGAGUUCUACAAAGUUAAAGCACGAAGUGUUGGUGAAGCCCUUCUGCCAGCUUUCAAAACUCCAUCUGGAAUUCCGAAGAGUAAUCUGAACAUGAAGACCAAGCAGGCUUCAAAUUAUCAUUGGGCUAAUGGAGGCUCUUCAAUACUUGCCGAAUUCGGAAGUCUGGACUUGGAGUUCACCUACCUCAGCCAAAUCACGAAAGCUCCAAUUUUUGCAAAAAGGGUGAAGCGGAUACGCGAUGUGCUUGAUCAAUCGGAAAAAGUCAACGGAUUGUAUCCGAAUUAUAUUGACCCGGAUUCUGGACGGUGGUCGAAGCCGUACCAUAUGUCCCUUGGUGCACUGGGAGAUUCGUUCUACGAGUACCUCAUCAAAUCGUGGCUGCAAUCAGGAAAGACCAACGAGCAAUCGCGAAGGAUGUUUUGGGCAGCCAGUAAAGCUAUACGAGAACAAAUGAUCUACAAAUCCAAGUCUGGGCUUACAUACACUGCUGAACUCAGCAAUGGUUUACCUCAGCAUAAGAUGGGUCAUCUGGCCUGCUUCUCAGUUGGAAUGUUCGCACUUCAAGCAGUCAAUGAAAAUUCGGAGGCUGAAAAGGAAGCCACAAUGAAAUUGGCUGAAGAAUUGGGACAAACUUGUCACGAAAGCUACAUUAGAUCAGCUUCACACAUCGGGCCGGAAAUGUUCUACUUCAAUGAUGCAGAGGAUGCAACGAGCAAAAAUGGCGAAAAUGGCUAUAUACUCCGGCCAGAAGUAAUUGAAGGUUUUUUCUACCUCUGGAGGCUGACUGGGAAGAAGAUGUAUCGCGAUUGGGUUUGGGAUGCAAUACAAGCAAUUGACAAACAUUGUCGGGUUGAAGGAGGAUUUUCGGGUAUUUACAACGUCUACAAUCCUUCAGCGGGCUACGACGACGUCCAGCAAUCAUUUUUUCUUGCCGAAACUCUAAAAUAUGCUUAUCUAACCUUCGCUGACCCCUCAGUAAUUUCGCUAGAUAAAUGGGUAUUUAAUACCGAAGCACAUCCUCUUCCUAUCAUCACCCAGACAAAUAUAGCUUCCUCCCCACUUACACUGUGAUUCGUUGCUUGGGUAGCUAUUCCUUUCAUUGGAACAAUUCCAUUUUACAGGGACCAUCGAUUAGUGUCUAUAUUCGCAUAGAAAAUUGUAAAUAAGCUCAUCUUCUGUGAUGAUUCUAGAUUAUUUUUCCAUGUUUCCAUCCUCAUUCUUCAUUCUCGAGUAUUGACACUCUCAGGAGUUGAGAUUUGGUUAGAUUGUACCAUAUUCUUGGUCAAAUAUAUGCGGGUUGUUGAUUUCCUGUGCUGGAUAUCAUGUCGUCCCAGCUUUGCCUCAUCUGUGAUAUGCAUGCUGCCGUUAUCACUCUUUUUACUUCUUAUUGUUAUUGUUAUCAGUGUUGUUCACUAGAAUGUGAAGAAAUAUCAAUAAAUCUGCUUAUGUG